AAAAGGAUUAUCACUUUUAUUCCAUGCACUAUGCCGAUGGUGUCUACCUAGUAGACAAAUUUGACGAAUUCGCGAUACCCUCCAACGCCGGUCAAUUGUUUGAAUUGUCAGAAAUUAUAAGGUCAUUGUUUUCGUUUAAG